GCAGCUGCGCGGUGAGAGCCGCCAGGCGCUGCUCCCGUCACGGUCAUCCUUUCUCUGUUCAACCCUUCAAACAAUGUUAUCUAUAUUCCGUACGGCUCUAAAUCAUUCAUCGACUGCUAAACGUAAAGCUUUGGACUGAUUCUACCAUAUACAGUUUGCCAUGGCGACGGUGGUGAUGGAGCAGAUUGGUCGCCUGUUUAUCAACGCGCAGCAGCUGCGUCAGAUCCCUCAGCUUCUGGAGUCGGCCUUCCCCACGCUGCCUUGCACCGUGAAGGUGUCUGACGUUCCCUGGGUGUUCCGCGAGCGCCACAUCCUCACCGGCUACAGACAGCCGGACCAAAGCUGGCGCUACUACUUCCUCACCCUCUUCCAAAGGCACAAUGAGACCCUCAAUGUGUGGACCCAUCUGCUGGCCGCCUUCAUCAUCUUGGUGAAGUGGCAGGAGAUCUCAGAGACGGUCGAUUUUUUGCGAGACCCUCACGCUCAGCCCCUCUUCAUUGUCCUCCUGGCAGCCUUCACCUACCUCUCCUUCAGCGCUCUCGCUCAUCUCCUCUCCGCCAAGUCCGAGCUCUCCUACUACACCUUCUACUUCCUCGAUUACGUGGGGGUCGCCGUCUACCAGUACGGCAGCGCCCUGGCGCACUACUACUACGCCAUAGAGAAAGAGUGGCACACUCGAGUGCAAGGGCUCUUUUUACCCGCCGCAGCAUUCUUGGCCUGGCUCACUUGCUUCGGCUGCUGCUAUGGCAAAUAUGCGAGCCCUGAGCUGCCCAAGGUAGCCAUAAAGCUCUUCCAAGUGGUGCCCUCAGCUUUGGCUUACUGUUUAGACAUAAGCCCUGUGGUUCACCGCAUCUACAGCUGCUACCAGGAGGGCUGCUCCGACCCAGUCGUGGCCUACCAUUUUUACCACGUGGUCUUUUUCUUAAUCGGCGCCUAUUUCUUCUGCUGCCCUCACCCAGAGAGUUUGUUCCCUGGGAAGUGUGACUUCAUUGGGCAGGGCCACCAGCUCUUUCACGUGUUUGUGGUGGUGUGCACCCUGACGCAGGUUGAAGCGCUGCGAACAGACUUCACAGAGCGGCGUUCCUUCUAUGAGCGUCUUCACGGUGAUCUUGCACACGAUGCCGUUGCACUCUUUAUCUUCACUGCCUGCUGCAGCGCUCUCACUGCUUUUUAUAUGCGCCAGCGUGUACGUGCCUCUCUACACGAGAAGGAGGAGUAAGAUUUGAAAUGAGUGGAAAAAAAGAAGUCGAGUCUAAUUUAUUUUAUUCCAUAGUGACUAGUAAUUAGAAUAAUUUAAAUGUUUCCUUUUGUCAUUGAACGUUAUCAGUUUGUGACAGUGACUUAUUAUUUUUUCUUAUGUGAUCUGCCAAACUACAGUAAGCUAAAAAAAAAGUGAGGAAUGAGGAUGAAGGAAAGUUAUAAUUGGUCUGUAGCAAUACAGGUAGUAUUUAAACACUGCAACCAGUCCUUGCAUUGUUACUCUGCUCUUUUAUUACUCUGCAAGGUUGUUUUUAGUCAUAGUCUAAAGAAAUGUGGUUUUACUUCACCAUAAAAAAAUAAACUUUAUGUCAAGUUAAACAGAAAGAUUAAGAGACAAGUUUCUUAAGAUGCCUUUUAGCCAUUUGUAUUUAGAAUAAUCGGACUGUUUUAAUCAAAUUGUAGCAUUUCAAUUCAUGCAAGCAUUUAUUUUUACAAUUUACAGUCCCAUACCACUUUGGAUACUGCAAUCGGAUACCAAUUCCAAUCCAGUUUAAAUUGGUGGUCUUGAUAUGCCUUUCUGACGCUUAUUUUUUUUUUCCUUUUGAUUCUGCCCCUCCCCAUUAGGGAUCAAAGCAGGGAUUUUCUUUUUAAUUUAUCAAGGCGCUAACACUGUGCCACACAAAUGUUUAAACAUAUUCUACAAAAGUUGAAAACCCAAUUUGAAAACCAAAUAUUAGACCUCCUUUUUGACAAAAGGAGAUUUUUUUUUCUUUGGGUGAUAACAUUCUGUUGAAUUAUGUUUAAAAUGAGGCUGGCACUCACUAUCGGUUAAGAGAUGGAUGGAAGAUUACUGAUGUCUCUUUGUUGUUGUGACAAUGUUAAUAUUUUUUAUUCAAAGGGCUGGAACUUCAGCUUUUGCCUUUUCACAUCCCAUGAUGUCAGUGCUUUAGCGCGCAUUGUUUUCAUUGUCGGUUGAUUAGAUUUGAGUCACAAGCCGUGUUUGACUGGUGUUCUGCUUUUGGUAUGUUUUCGUUUUUGUAUGAUGAAUAUGUAUGUGCCUCUACGCAUGUCUUUUGGUAUAUACUGUGGAUAUUAAGUGUGUGAAUGUCUAUGAAAGCUUAGCCUUGCACUCCUUUCUUACCCUGUAAAUAAGCUGUAUUUCUCUAGAAAGUCAUUUGCAUCCCAUUUUCUCUCCACCCAAUAGCGCUCAGACCUGAAUGCAUCUUUUUUCUGGUGGAAUACAGCACAUCCCUAUUUUGCUGCAUCCGUUCAGAGUGUGUAUUGUGUUCAGUGUCCUCCUGCCUAUCAGACUUUAAUGGCCAUGAAUACAUCAUUUCACACUGCUGCACUGUUACACUGAAGAGCCCCUUUGUUUUUUUUCUCUUUUGUCUGAUGACUUUUGUUAUAAAAAAUAUCACAGAGACAUGGCUCACUGAUAAUGUUGCUUAGAUUUUUAUCUCACAAAAUCCUAAAUGUCAGAAAUGAUCUAUAUUCAUUAUAGCACUCUCUGUUCAUGAUGGUGUUUAAUGUGCCAAUGAAUCUGUUAUUGCUUCAGUGAUGGUACUACUGAAAGAUAAAUUCAGAGACAGAUUGUCAGUAGUGACAAGUUGAUUUUAAAUGAUGUCUUGACCUGACUGCAAACAUGUAACUGGUGAGAUUUAACCCCUAAAUAUGAAUCUUCUAACUGUUGACUUGACUGACCUGGUCCCAUCGUGCACUGCCUGAAUCAACACUGUAUAUACUGUAGCUGACAACACUGGCUAUGUUUACAUGCAUGGGGUUAUCUGAUGAUAAUGUGGUUAUUCUGGUUUUGUGAUGUCAUAAUUCAGAAUAACCUGGGUAAGCUUGUUCUCCACUUCAGAGAAAAAAGCGUUCCUUGUUGCGCAUGGUUAGAAAUUGGUUGGCAACAAGAUCGAGGCUCUUAUGCACAAGACUAAUUUUGUACAUGUAACUUAAAAAAGGCUUCAUUAUGGGCUAAUGAUAUCCAUUUGGCAAAUGAAGCCUAUACUUCUCUCACCAGCCCUGCCUAUAUGACAUGAGGUCAUUGUCUUGACCAUCAAAAGGGAGGGAGCAGUUGGAAAGUAACCAGUAUUUUAUGCUAAAUAGACUGUCGCAACAUGGAUACUGUGUCACAGAUUAUCCGAAUUGCAUGCCAAUUAAACCUGACUGAGAUUUCAACUGGAUUAUGGCCAGCACUCUGUACUGUAUAAGUGAAUUUGUAUGUAAACGUAGCCUCUGAUGCCACCCAGGGUUUCCCUUUAUCCCUUUAUAAGAGCGGGGUGAGAGGGACCAGAAUGUCUUCUGCCUCUAGAAAAUAUGUGUGACUGACUGUACUAAUAUUCUGUGGUAUUUAAGAAAAUAAAG